UCAGUUUUCUUUCAUGAAGCACCUUUUAUGGUUAUUUCAUCUUCCUCAUUGAUAGUUAUCCUUAUUCCGUUCUCAUUAAUAAUUCAUGAACUAACGAUACCUCCUUUCUUCUGCUUUACGACGGACAACUGCAUUGGAGGAAGGUUUAAAAUUCACACAACUGAAACUUAUAAUUGACACAGUCUCAAAAAUGGAUCUAAGACAAGCGGUGUUUGUUCUACUAAUUUUGCAAGGUUUAGCGAGUAGAACCUUGUACUGCCUGGCAUCACAGACAUGUAAGGACAACGAUAUUCGUACGGCAGUGUUGCUGAACCGUGAAACCCAGACAAACCUCCGGGAGAUGAAAUUGGACAUGGAACAGCAGCUGCAAAACCAGGGACAAGAGCUUACACAGAUGCAAGAACAGUUGAAUUCACUAAUUGACAUAGCAGACACGGUGAAAGACUUGAAGAAAGAAAUAGAAACACUGAAGACAGCUGUCGUUGAAACAACUGUUAAUGUUACAAGCAGCAGUAUCUACACCAGAUGGGGCCGACGCUCGUGUCCUGAUGAUACAGAAUUAGUUUAUGAAGGGUUUGCAGGGGGUGGCGAUUAUCACGAUUAUGGCGCGAGUAGUAAUUACAUAUGUCUACCUAAAGAUCCUAUAUUUGUUGGUGAAGGAUCAAAUACGGGUUAUGCAAAUUACAUCUACGGUGCCGAGUAUGAGACAAAUGGCACAACCAUUCUUUCUACCUUGAAUGACCACGAUGUUCCGUGUGCUGUUUGCCGGGUUGCUGGAAGAAGCAUUGUCAUGAUCCCGGCGAGGAAUGUCUGCUAUAGCGGAUGGCAGAAGGAGUACUCUGGCUAUUUAAUGUCGUCUUAUUACGGACAUUUGGGGAACAAGGAGUUAGUUUGUAUGGAUGGAUCUCCUGAGGCAGCUGAAGGAAGCGACAGUAGGAAUCAGAAUGGUGCAUUGUUUUACAUCGCUGAAAUUAAGUGUGGGUCGUUAAAAUGUCCUCCUUAUCUUGCAAACGAGGUGAUAACUUGUGUUGUUUGUUCCAAAUAGGAUAUAUAGAUAAUACUACACAAGUAAACAUUGAUGCGCUCUCUAGCAUAUUUGUAAUGCCCCACUAUUAAGAAGCUCCUCGCCAUUAUUUCUACAUUGACCAACGUUCAUUUAAUGACUUGGGACACAAGAUAGAAGCUCAUAACGAAACGCCUCCUCCGUUUCUCUGUUUAUUUACAUGUAUGCAUGUGUUUUAAAGCCCUGAUACACAAAGCUAUCUUUUUUCUUGAAACUAACGUUGUCUUAAUAAUCCAUGCUAGUAUAUAGGAAAACGGAAGAGAAGACACGAUAUGAUAAUAUUAGAACACGACCUGACGAUGGGCCGGGUGUUAUUACUAUUUAUAUUAGUAUUGUAAAUAUUAUUUGUGUUAUGCACAUGUCACUAUAAUAAACAACUUACAUACUUA